AUGAACCCCCAAACACCACGCCUUUUUGGACUACCUAAAAUUCAUAAACCAGGCAUACCUAUCAGACCAGUUGUAUCAGGCAUAAACUCACCAACAUCAAAACUGGCCUACAAACUCAACAUCCUCUUCAGGAGCUACACAGCAUUCAAGCCCACCUACUCAAUAAGGAAUUCAAGUGAUUUGAUUGAGAAGAUACAAGACAUAAAGCUUCAAAGUACCAACAAACUGGUUUCCUUUGAUGUGAAAAACCUCUUCACCAGUGUGCCUGUUAAGGAAAGUAUGAACAUUGCAGAAUCUAUCAUCAAAGAAGCAAAUAUUGGAGACAACCAGACACAAGAUUUCAUGAACUGCCUAAAACUGUGUACAGGUCAAGAUUUUUUCAAGUUUGAUGGAAUUUUUUUCAGACAAGUGACAGGUCUAGCAAUGGGCUCACCACUUUCACCAUUGCUAUCAGACAUCUAUAAGGACAAUUUAGAAAAACAAAUUAUGGACAGCAGUCUAUUGUGCGAGCCAUCCUGGAAGAACAUCAAGUUCCUGUUCAACAAGUCGCUGUUCCUCAAGGCAGUCGAAGGCACAACCACAAACUUGUUGAGAAUAUGGGGAUGA